AAAAAAUGUUAAAUCAAUUAAUUCACCGAAGAAUAAAUGAAUUUAUUCAAAGAAAAUUUAUGUUAAUAAAACGUAAAAUAUAUACGAUGGACGAUAAUAGUUAUAUUGUAAAGUAUAUCCUGUGUCCUCUUACGGCACAUAGGAAAAACACGAUAAAAUCCACUGUGCGAUCUAUAGGUCACUAUAACCUCAAAAAUUGCAUUAUGCAUAAUCUAUCAGUGAGAAGUAACCUUUGAACAUAAUAUAAGUUUAAAGUAUUAUCAUCGUAUCCUUAUUUAUUUAUUGCCACUAUUAGAAUGGCAAUUAUGAAAAUAUUAUUACGACCAGACAUCGUAAGAUUCACGGGAGUCAGACAUUUAAGUAUUAAACCAAAAUUUGGUUUACUUUUUGACAUUGAUGGUGUAUUAGUACGUGGCAAGAAAGUAUUACCACCUGUAUCAGAAGCUUUUAAACAAUUGCAAGGAAAAGAUGGCAAAUUCCGUGUACCAACUGUAUUUGUUACUAACAGUGGAAAUGCAUUACGUAGUCAAAAGGCAGCAGAUUUAUCUAAAUGGAUAGGAUUUGAAGUAAAAGAAUCACAAGUUGUUAUGGCUCAUUCACCAUUAAAAUUAUUUAAUCAGUUCCAUAAUAAACAAGUACUAAUAUCUGGUCAAGGACCAAUCAAAGAAAUAGCUAAGGAAUUGGGUUUUCAAAAAACAGUAACUAUUCAAGAAUUAGUGAAAAAUUUUCCUUGUUUAGAUUAUGUAAAUAUGGAAAAGAGAAAUCCAAUAUGUGGUCCUGUGGAUCCCACAUUUCCUAGAAUAGAAGCCAUUGUGUUAUUUAGUGAACCCAUUUCUUGGGAAACCCCACUACAACUUAUAAUAGAUCUUUUAAUGACUAAUGGCAUGCCUACUGGUUUGCUUGAUGAUAUUCCAUAUCCACACAUUCCAAUCUUGGCAUGUAAUAUGGAUUUAUUGUGGGUAUCAGAAGCACCAAUUCCUAGAUAUGGUCAUGGUACUUUUUUACUUUGUCUAGAAUCAUUAUAUAAAAAGAUUACAGGGAAAGAUAUGAUAUAUACUGCUCUAAUCGGAAAACCUAGUGAAAUAACAUAUUAUCAUGCAAAUUAUAUGCUUCAUGAACAUGCUAAAAGUAUUGGUAUAGAUAAUGUUAACACCAUAUAUGCUAUUGGAGAUAACAUCAACACUGAUAUUUUUGGUGCAAAUUUGUACGAUAAAUACUUAUCUUAUUGUGCAAAAGAGGAAGCAUUAAAAUCUGAUAAAUUGAAGAAAUUACUUGACAAGGAUAUCAAACCACCCAAUGCAAAAGCUUGUAUUAGUAUUUUAGUUGAAACUGGUGUUCAUCAACGAGAUUCUGAUUUUAUAUCAGAGCAUAGUCCUAGAGACUUCUUACCAGUUGAAGAUGGUCUUGGCAAGCCUGCUUUCAUAGUAAAACACGUUGGCGAAGCUAUUAACGUCGCGUUUAAGGAAGAAAAAUUUGACUGAAUUAAUAUAACACUAUAGAAUAUCUUUUUAGAAUUGGAAUGUUCAUCCUAAUAUUGAUUAAGAUAAAAAGAAGAGAUGUAAGAAAUUAUAUAUAUCAUUGCUAAAUAUCACGUAAGUAAGUAUCAUGUUAUAAUUUCGGUAGCCUUUUUUCGAAGGCAAGAACGUUAAAAAAUAGGAUUAUUAUAAUUAAUUGCUUAAAAUACUUUAUUUUUUGGCACUUUUUUUUGAAUCAUUUUUAAUAUUUGAUAUUUCAUUUAAUAUUUUAUUAAAGAAGAAAAAGAAAAUAUUAUAUUUACAGUAAUCUACAGUAAUCUUUACUAAUCAAUUAAGAAGUUAUCAUUGCAAGUCAAUGAUAUUAGCAAACAGUACAAUUUACAUUAGAAAUAUUGAAUAUAUUAAAAAUAGUCUUUCAAUCUAUAUAGGUUUUUAUGUAUAUUUGAAGUUUUUAUUAUUUAUGUUAUACAAGUAUAAUAUUUAGAAAAUUUUUUGAAGAUAACAUAUGUACAUAUAUUCAUUUAUAUAUAGAAUAGAUAUAUAUUCGUAUAAUUCGUAUAAUUUUAAAUUCAACAUUUAUUAUGAUGAUAUUAUACAAUGUAAUGAUUAAAUUUUAUCAUGUCUCGUUUGAUCAUGUUGUGACGGUAGAUCAUACGAAUUAAAAAUUUAAUUUCAAUUUGAAAUGAAAAAUGAAUUAAAAAAUGAAAAAGAGAAAACAAUAUAAACUAUAUGCAAUUGUUUCAGUUAAGAAAAAUUGUAAUCUAAUAGUAGAUGUACUACAAAUGCAUUAUUUUUAGCGUUUAUUGACGAAUAUCGCGUUAUAUACAGAAUUUCGUCUAGUCCCAGUUUCAUUAUUAGUAGCAAUAUUAUUAUAUACAUAGCAAUUCAUAAUUCUUAUCAAUGCAAAAAGUAUGCAAUUGUUAAAUUUUAGAUAAUUUUACUUUAUCAAUCUUUAUUUUUAUACAUGUAAUCAUUGAAAAAAUAAGAAAGAAUACAAGAAUUGAAUGUGCAUCAAACAAAUUAUAAAAAAUAAUAUAAAUCGACACGAAUAUUUGGUACAGCUGAUGGUAAAAAAAAGAUAAAAUUCAGCUGAGAUGAAGACUGACCAUCUAUGUAAAAUCAAAUCAAUAAUAAAUAUUUGCUGGAAUCAGUGCGUAUAAUUUGCGUUAAUAUUAAUAAAUUAAAAGAAAAAAAUAAGAAAAUAA